AUGACACAAAUCCCUCCACCAGCCAACAUUGUUACCUUUCUCAUCUUCUGGCGGAGAAACUGCCUGCUGUCCAAGUCCAGCACCUUCUACCCGAUGGCCAUCUCUGUAGCUGACACUCUGGUCCUCAUCUUCAUCGUGGUGCUGGAGAUCACUGUCAAAUUUUACCACGAGGUACUUAUUUCAUCAGAAAUGAGCCGUGAGCCCUGGUGCCGCCUGAGAGACAUAUUCAGCUACGGGGCCUACAACACCUCAACCUGGCUGGUGGUGGUUUUCACCGCAGAGCGCUUCAUUGCCAUCCACACCUGGGCCAUCAAGACCAAACUCUGCACCCCACGCAGUGCCUUAGCAGCCAUCACUACCAUCUUACUCCUCAGCCACCUCAUGGCAAUACCCUACUACUGGUUCAAUGUCUCAGUUUAUGACCACAACCAGACCAAAUGGGCCUGUAUAUACAAACCUGAGGCCCCUCAUGGUUAUGUGCAUGCCCUGGUGGGGGCCCAGACCUUAGUGGCCUACGUCCUACCUUUCCUCAUCAUCCUCACCCUCAACGGGCUGACUCUGCGACAGAUCUCCCUUAGCAACAGGGUCCAUGUGUUGACAGCUGCCAACCUAACCUCAGGGGCCUACAGGGUGACACCCCUGCUGCGCUCCAGAAAGAGGAAGUCUGUAGUGCUCCUGGUGACUGUGUCCAUGAGCUUUGUGCUGCUAUCCGUCACCCGCGCAAUCACCCAGAUCAUCAUACGCACCACCUUCUUCUACGGCCAGGAUCGCAACGACUGCAACCUGCAGAUCAAUGUGGCGGCUGACAUUGGUAGCAUGCUGAGCCUCAGUAAUGCAGCCAUCAACACGUACCUGUAUGCCUGCACUCAGGCCAAGUUCCGUCAGCCUGAAUUCAAACUCUAUUACCCUGAAGAAAAAUAA